AUGAUCUCAGUUGAAGAGACUAUUAAUUUAAUAGAGAACAUUAGAAAUCAGCCUAAUGACAGCAAUUUACUUGAAGCACUUAGAGUUCUAGUUGCUGUCGACUACACAACGGCUCUAUUCUCCACUAUCACUCAAUCUGUGCUGAUAUCCAGCCAUAUUAAAUAUACUGAGAAGAUCACCUUCUUCAAGUCCCUCACUGAAUUCAAAUUAUCAAGUGGAUUCAACUUGAUUGGCUUGCUCGAUUCUGUCUCCAGCUUCAACCAGCCUCCUUCACUCAAAUUCUCCUAUUUUGCCGGUGUUCUUUUGGCUGUGCAGUCUGACAACUUAAAGCUUAGAAUUGAAUGUGAAAAUGCUCUUAUUUGCGAGCUUGAAGAUAGCCUACUGCUUGAGAAAGUUGCUAUCAAUGACGACACUUAUCUUCAAGCCCUAAUCUCUAUUCUCCCACAUAUACCCUCAUCAAAGCUCAGAUUGAUGGAUACCAAGCCUCUAACGAUCCUCUUUGCGAAAAUCCUCUUUGAUUCACUUAGCGUUGACAGCCUGGAUGGCUCGAUCGAGACUAAGUGCACGGAAAUGCAACAAAGAACUCAUUAUCCCAGCAUAUCGUCCAUAUCACAAACUCUCACUCGUUUGUUCACACUCCGGUCACGUCAGGAUAGUUCGGAAUUGGAACAAGUACUAAGCACUCUGCUAGCUCUAGUAUCUCAGAACGAGAGGAUGCGACUACAGUCUGAAUCAACGGAAAUGUCCAUCAAUACUCAAGUAAUGUCUCACUUUAAAAUACUCUUAUACACCUCAAUUACCAUUCUAUACGGGACUAUCACACAUUUAGCCACAUCGAAUGGCUUUGAGUGUGUUGAGGGGGUUGAAUAUGAUCUACCCCUUGCCACACUACGCAUUAUGUCCAGAUUGGCAAUCAUCAACAGCAUACUAAAUCCAGAUGGAGAGUUGCGACAGUGGAGGAGCAUCAACAUGCUUUGCGUAGACAUGAUAAAUGCACAGAAAGACGUCAAACAAUCUGAGCAGGUAUUAGAUAUGCUUGUCGCUGAAACCACCCUCGAUAACUACAAACACCUAUCGAAAGUCAACCAUCUGUUUCAUAUUGCAGAAUUUGUUGUUUUGAACUGCACAGUGGAGUUCGCAGUAGCUAUACUUCUACCUGUAUGUGAUAGAUAUCUGGAGGAUAGCACCGACAUGGUUACUUUCGAGAAUGCGCACUCAGUCACGCUUACUCUCUUCGCCGGGGUCAAACCUAAUGCAUUGGACCAAGUAUUGGUAGCUAGAGUGAUGAGCUACAGCAUCACGCUCCUAAAAGUUAUGCGCAUCUUAUCACAGGAGCAAUUUAGAUUGGCGUAUCAAAGUGUCAUUAAGAAGGUAUCUGCUCAUUCGACAGAUCUGACACAAUGGUGCAUUGACGGUUUGCUUGACUCGUAUAAGAGCGUGGAAGAGGAUCAAAAAAUCAAGAUAGCGUACACCCUGCCUACGCUACUGCCACUUAUUAACCAUCACCUACUCGAUAGCUUCCUUGUAUCACUAGAACGUCUUCUCAGCAGUCAUUGGAUUGCAGAGAACCGUGAAGAUCUCCUCACUCUCACUUACAAAUCAAUUAAGCUGACAGGAGAUGAGAGUAACCUCUUAAAAUGUCUAAAUUGGUGGGGUGAUUACACAUCCCGAAUCAAGAGCCUACCAAUAAAGUCACGCCUGUAA